GUAGCCCUGCAGAUGAACGUGCAGGCGGCAACCCCCCGAAGCUCGCCCGUACGGGAGAGUCAGAUGCGGAGCUCCGUGCCUAUGUGGACAAAACUCGUUUUGAUCUUAUGGGUGCUAUCAACAAUCUCAAGUCAGGCAUAUCCGAGAUCUCCCAGAACGUGGACGGCCACUUCAACGGCCUCAACCUGCAGAUCGAGCAGCGCUUUGCUGGCAUCGAGGGCAGGCUCGCCACACACGACAAAUCGAUCGGAGAUAUGCAGUCGGAGAUCGAAGACCUUCGCAGAAUCCUCAACGCCGUCAGGGCCGAGCCAGUGCAGCAGCAGGUGGCUCAAUGUCUUGGGAACAUCAAGCUCGCGAACAAUGAGUACAGGUCGUUCAGCACACGUGACGCUGGAGGCACGCCCGUUCCUAUUUACGUCUCAGCGGGUAAAAAUCUUUGUCAGAUCAAGCGCGAGCUGUACACGAAACAGGCUCGCAAGCUGUUGUCCGAAUCUUAUCCUGACAAGCGCUUCUCCACAGACCGCAUCAAAGGUGAGGUCUCUUGCCAAUGGAAGCCAAUAUGCCGUAUCACCCCCAGAGCAGACCACCAGCCACUCAUCGAGUGGGAUCAUUCCAGCUGCGCCGCGCUCGGGAUCAACCGUGCCGAGCUCAGCCAGAAGCUCUCCGACCUCGUCAGCGGCCCAUCGAACGAGGCCCAGUGGCAG